AUGCUUCCAAGGGACAAUUUUCCCUUCACACAGGAUGCCAAUGAUCUUGUCAACAACUCUCCAAAAUAUCCAAAAACAGCACUUUCUAACCUCCUUCCUGAAGCAACGAAUGAAGUUAUCCAAUCGCAGUUGUUGGGUUUAUUUUCAUCCCUCACUGAUCUUCUUAAUCAUGCAUCAGAGGAAACCUUGCACCUGGUACUUGAUACACUACUUGCUGCAGUGAAAGCAGGUCGUGAAUCAUCAACAGUAGUUGAAAACAUGAUUUCUCCUGUAAUCCUUAAUGUGUGGGCAUCGCAUGUUUCGGAUCCUUUUAUCAGUAUUGAUGCACUUGAAAUUCUUGAGACGAUCAAAAGCAUUCCUGGAUGCAUACAUCCAUUGGUUGCCAGAAUUUUGCCGUAUGUUGGACCAAUUUUGAAUAAACCCCAAGAGCAAACUGAAGGCUUGGUAUCUGGUUCACUAGAUCUGGUAACAAUGUUACUAAAGAAUGCCCCUGCUGAUGUAGUGAAAGCAAUAUAUGAUGUCUCUUUUAAUGCUGUUGUCAAAAUAAUCCUACAAAGUGAUGACCAUAGUGAAAUUCAGAAUGCUACAGAGUGUUUAUCUGCAUUUAUAUCUGGGGGAAGACAAGAAAUUCUUGCGUGGGGAUCUGAUUCUGGAUCAACUAUGAGAAGUUUACUUGAUAUAGCUUCAAGAUUACUAAACCCGGAAUUGGAAAGCUCUGGGUCUCUCUUUGUUGGGAGUUACAUUCUUCAACUUAUUUUGCAUUUGCCAUCACAUAUGGCGGUACAUAUACGAGACUUGGUUGCUGCACUUGUCAAACGAAUGCAAUCUGCUCAAAACGCUGUCCUACGAAGCUCAUUGCUAAUUGUUUUUGCUAGACUGGUACACAUGAGUGUUCCUAAUGUUGGAGAUUUCAUUGAUUUGAUGAUCUCAAUUCCUGCGGAUGGACAUGACAAUUCGUUUGCUUAUGUGAUUUCAGAAUGGACCAAGCUGCAGGGCGACAUACAGGGAGCAUAUCAAAUAAAAGUAACUACAAGUGCCUUGGCCUUGUUGCUAACCAGCAGGCACAAUGAAUUGGGAAAAAUACAUGUCCAAGGCCAUCUAAUUAAGUCUGGUGAGGGAGUGACCACAAGAUCAAAAGCUAAAUCAGCUCCGAAUCAAUGGGUAAUAUUACCACUUCCCACCAAGAUAGUGGCUUUGUUGGCGGAUGCAUUAACUGAAAUACAAGAACAAGUUUUGGAAGCUGAUGAUGUGGAUAGUGACUGGGAAGAAGUUGAAGCGGAUGGUAUCGAAAAUGAUAGAGAUUUUCUUUAUUCGGUGUCUUCACCUUUGGGAAAAGCCACUGAUGAACAUCUUCAAGCAAUGGCUAAAGUAUUUAAUGAGGAUCGAGAUGAUCAGUACGACGACAACCUUUUUAGUGUUGCUGAUCCCCUCAAUCAGAUAAAUCUGGCAAAUUACCUUGUUGAUUUCUUUGUUAGCUUUUCGCAAUCUGAACGACAGCUCUUAGAGCACAUUUGCGAGAGUUUGACUCAGUCUCAACGAAAUGCCAUUCAAAUGAUACUGAAGAGAUGAAAAUUUAGUGUGUAAUCAUCGAGUGCUGUCUCAAGGAUGGGUUGAUAAUACUACGAAGAAUCCAACAAAGAUGAGGUUGGGAACCAAUAUUUUUCCAAUAUUUAGGUUGGGGUGGUCUGCAAUUCUGAAUGGCGUUUUCCCUCUGCUGUACUGUAGUGCUCGCCCGUUUAUGUCUAUUGAUUUUUUUAUUGGAUUUGUUAUUGUAUGUAUUGAAGUUUUGUUUUUAGUUGGUUUCUGCCCAUCUAUAAUUUUGACCAAAUAUUGUUUGUAUACCAAUUAUACUGAUUAUUCAAGAAAAGGAAGAAAUCUCAGUUGGUUUCUGCUUGUCACUGUUCCCGGUAGAAAACUGUUUAUAUUUCAUGUAGGAAAACUUUAGCAGUCUAAAGUUAAGCAUUGGUUGGAGUAAUGAUUUCUUUCCCUCCCUUUGUAAUAACCCAUUUCUUUUCUGGA